AUGCAGAAGGAUCGUAUACGGCUAUACUCUACUAGUGCUGCCCAAACAGUCGAUAAUCUGUCGCCCUAUCAAUCCGAGGAUUUAGACCAGCAGGGCGAAGAGCCGGAAUUGGAACGAUUCAUUGCCUCAGCCUCCGAAGUCCAAGACAACUCCCUUCCCCCGCCCUUGCACGCCGCUCUCGCCUCUGGUUCCCUCACCAGCGCUUCAGAAUUCGUUCGCUUGUUUGAACAGUACGACGCAGGCGAUUCGCCUGCUGGCGAAGUGAAAAAGGGAAAAGGAAAGGGUGUUUCGAGCACGUCAGAUAUGGGAGGGGUCAAACAGCUAGGUCUGAUAUUCGACCUCUUUCGCAAAACGGCCGAGGACACGCAGUGGGCUUGGCUGGAAAGAAAGAUGAGAAAGGUGCUGGAUUCCAAAUACACGCCGUCUCAAGGUAUCGCAACCGCCAUCAAAGGCUAUGCCCUCUUUGAGCUCGGUACCCCCGGACCCCAAGUCAUCGACGUCCUCCAAGGCGUCCUCCCCUCCAACAACUCCCUGCCACAUGCCAUCGCCGGCCUGCUAUACGCGCAAUUGGAUGAAUGGGAUCUGGCAAGAGAAGAGAUGUCGCGGAAUCUGAAAAUUGUCUUUGCCCUCAUUAUGGGCGAAGACAUGCAGGUCGAGCCGUAUCCUGCUAUCGACCGGAGACUGCUGUAUCUGUACGAAUCUGUAGUGCUCAAGGCGGGUAGAAAUCAUGAUCUCGUCGAUAUCAUACUCCACUCUGCGUCGCCGCGUAUGCGGUAUCAUCUUCUCGGCCAAGCUCGAUUCGAUAAUAGGAUAUCUGCUUUACAGGUCGUCGACAUUUUUGGCCGGGCGGUAUCUCGUAUCACGAACCCUGCGCAGUGGUGGAUCGACGAAUACAUCACGACGCCUACCAAAGACAUGGUGUGGAUGGGUUCUUUCAUCGUCUCGGCUCUAUCGCAGGAUAAGACCAGGCUUGGAGAAGCACUGGCUCUGCACGACGAAAUCAUCUCGCGCCAGAUCCACAUCACUCCCAGUAUCUCCUUCUUCAUUUGCCAACAAAUGGCCAUCUACCGCAUCCCCUCUGCCCGGGCCACGUUCCAUCGCAUGUUGGAGCUUCAUCCCAACCCGCCCCGCACAUCUCUCCGCCGCAUCAUGCACUUUGCCGCUAGAGUGGGCUGGGAGGAGGAAGAAGCAAACGCUUGGGAUUUGUUGAGCGAAAAGGGUGUGCCGACGAUUUGGGAAAAGACGAUUUUGGCGAGUGUGUAUGCUUUCCAGGGGAGGGUGGAGUUGGUGAAGAAGGUGUUGGGGGAGAGGUUCCCGGGAUGGAGAGAUAAUGCCGAGGGGUUACAAGUGCUCUUUACGGCGUACAUCAACAACAACGAGGCUGCUCUGGCAGAGGAGACUCUUUUCCAAAUCGAUACCCUCUCCCCACGUCUUUACGUCUACAACACCCUCCUCCAACUGUACGCCGACCAGGCCAACCUCAUACCCGCCCUCGAGCUCUUCGACCGCCUCCUCGAACACCCCACCCUCCGCCCCACCAAACACUCCUACACCGCCCUCAUCACACUCUUUGCCAACCGCCGCGACCCAACGAAUGCGCACAAUGUGUUUGAGAGUAUGGCCGACGCAGGGAUCCAGCCGGACGCAUUGGCGUACGCCGCGGUGAUCAAUGCGGAGGUGGAGGCUGGGGACUGGUCGGAAGCUGCGAGGUCGUGGACGGAGGCGCCUGUGAAGGUUAGGGAACAUCGGACGGUGCUUUCGGCAGUGCUGAAAGCGCUUGUUUGGUUACCUGCUCCGACGGAGCAUGUGGUUGGGAUAUUCCGCAGGAUUCGGAAUCCGUCAAAGCAUGCUUGGGCGCUGGUCAUCCAGUCUGCGUGUGAUUCUGGGAAUAUGGAUUUUGCGAGAGAGCUUUAUAAUGAGAUGGACGUCGCUUCUCGCAGGGGUACGAGCCCCUCGCCGGACGUUUAUACGUUCUCCAUCCUCUUACAUGGGUAUAUGCGCGGGGACGACUCGGCCUCUGCCAGAGCAGUCUAUGAUGAGAUGACCGAGAGGGGCAUCUUGCCAUCGUCUGUCACGUAUGGUAUCGUCAUACAAAGCUUUGCCGACACCCGUGGCGCGCGUGCAUUGGAGCAAGCGCACGAUUUCGCCACGUCCGUCUAUCGUGAAGUGCAAAAAGGCAAAAUCGCAGAUGUCCGAUCCGACAAAUUCAACACGCGACGCAACAUCUUUACACCUCUCGCCAUCGCACACGGUAAACUACAAAACUGGGAACGCGCCCAGUCCUACUUUGACCUCAUCGACCCCACCGAAGAAUCGCUCGAGCCAGAGACAGACAAUUUUUUGGCGGCGUCGCCUCAGCAAAAGAUCAUCACUUGGUCUCAGCUCAUGGACGUGCACCGUCGUGCCGGCGAUGUCGAGCAGGUCGUCAAGAUCUGGGGCGACCUCUUCCGUUUCGCCAUCGAUGCUAUUCCGCUUGUCGCGAGGAAUGAAAGCGAAGAGGCUGAUAUGAAUCGGGCUUUUGCUGGGAGUAAUAUCAAUGUACCCGGCGGCGGUAAAAAUUCGCGCAAACGCAUACCCGAGUCUAUACUCUGUAUCCCCCUCUCCAUCGCGCUCGACUCUGUAUCGUCCGUCGGUGAUGGCAAAGCCGUUCGCAAACUGUGGUCGAGCGUUUCCCAUUAUCACUUUGGGUUUGACGCUGCGAAUUAUAACCACUAUGCGAUAGCACUGGCGAGGACGGGGGAUGUGGAAGGGGCGUUCAGGAUCACAGAGAGAGUCUUGAUGCGGCGGUUCGCGAGGAUCAAGUUCCGCGGCGAUGCUGCUCUGCGCGAGAAGAAGAAGGAUCUGCGCCGUCAUUCUCGAGGUCAAUUCAUCCGUCCUGCCGUCUCAUCCAUGGACGGCUGGGACCACGAUGUAGAGGAAAUCCCAGAAGAGGAGGAAGAGGACUACGAGUUUGAAGAAGGGGAGAAUGAAGAUCUUCGAAGUGACCCUGAAGAAAUGUCGGCCGUGCUCGACCUCAAAGUCGACCCCGUCCUCGGCCCACCCAACAGGCGACACCAGUACCACUCGUCCUCCUCCCCCUUCCGGCCCCCUCACCUUCCCUCCUCUUCUGUGCACGACGCAAAAGAGUCAGUUUUGGGCAUGGUGGACAAGAUGGGCGGAGAGGACCCGGUGCCGAAGACGGUUGCUCUGCUGCAUAGGUGGAGACCGAGGGAUACGCUCUGGCGACCGAGUAUAUUGUUGAUGAACGUGCUGGAUAGUGUCUUUGGGCAGGUGGAGGAUUAUGGCGCUUCCCGCGGUUGGGUCUCGCUUCAAGAAAAAGCCCCCACCACUCCUCAGCUCGAAGAUCCCGAGCAGAGUCAAAGUCCCAGCCAGUUUCGUAAGAAAAAUGGCUUCCAAGGCACCGUCCUGCCUCUCUACGGCAACACCCCGAUCAAGGAUUAUCAGACGGGCAAGCCUUUGCCCAUCAGUCCGAGGGCGUUCAGGGUGAGGUUGGAGGAUAGGUAUGCGAAAGCUGUAGAGUUGGUGAGGUAUUUCAGGCGGAGAAAGGAGGAGAGGAGGAGUGAUUGA